AUGAGAGAGGCGCUGGAACGUCAGAGGGCAGAGGCUGCAGAUAGGGUGAGGGCGGAAGCAGCUGCAAUGACUCGUAGAGAGGAAGAGGAGCGGCGUGCAAAAGAGGAGGCAGAGAACGCGAAGGCCGUAGAGGAGCGAAGUAGAGCGGAUCAAGAACGGCAGAGGGAAGAGGCUGAGGAGAGGGUCAAGACGGAGGCAGCAGCGAUCGUUCGCAGAGAGGAAGAGGCGCUGCGUGCUAGAGAGGCGGCAGAGAGGGCGAGGGUCGCAGAGGAGCGCAUGAGAGAGGCGCAGGAACGUCAGAGGGCAGAGGCUGCAGACAGGGUGAGGGCGGAAGCAGCUGCAAUGAUUCGUAGAGAGGAAGAGGGGCGGCGUGCAAAAGAGGAGGCAGAGAACGCGAAGGCCGUAGAGGAGCGAAGUAGAGCAGAUCAAGAGCGGCAGAGGGAAGAGGCUGAGGAGAGUGUCAGGACGGAGGCAGCAGCGAUCGUUUGCAGAGAGGAAGAGGCGCUGCGUGCUAGAGAGGCGGCAGAGAGGGAGAGGGUCGCAGAGGAGCGCAUGAGAGAGGCGCAGGAACGUCAGAGGGCAGAGGCUGCAGAUAGGGUGAGGGCGGAAGCAGCUGCAAUGAUUCGUAGAGAGGAAGAGGAGCGGCGUGCAAAAGAGGAGGCAGAGAACGCGAAGGCCGUAAAGGAGCAAAGUAGAGCGGAUCAAGAACGGCAGAGGGAAGAGGCUGAGGAGAGGGUCAGGACGGAGGCAGCAGCGAUGGUUCGCAGAGAGGAAGAGGCGCUGCGUGCUAGAGAGGCGGCAGAGAGAGCGAGGGUCGCAGAGGAGCGCAUGAGAGAGGUGCAGGAACGUCAGAGGGCAGAGGCUGCGGAUAGGGUGAGGGCGGAAGCAGCUGCAAUGAUUCGUAGAGAGGAAGAGGAGCGGCGUGCAAAAGAGGAGGCAGAGAACGCGAAGGCCGUAGAGGAGCGAAGUAGAGCGGAUCAAGAACGGCAGAGGGAAGAGGCUGAGGAGAGGGUCAGGAUGGAGGCAGCAGCGAUGGUUCGCAGAGAGGAAGAGGCGCUGCGUGCUAGAGAGGCGGCAGAGAGGGCGAGGGUCGCAGAGGAGCGCAUGAGAGAGGCGCAGGAACGUCAGAGGGCAGAGGCUGCAGAUAGGGUGCGGGCGGAAGCAGUUGCAAUGAUUUGUAGAGAGGAAGAGGACCGGCGUGCAAGAGAGGAGGCAGAUAAGGCGAUGGCCGUAGAGGAGCGAAGGAGGGCGGAAGAAGAACGGCAGCGUGCAAGGGCGGAGGAAGAGGCGCGGCGUGCUAAAGAGGCGGCAGAGAGAGCAAGAGAAGAUGCAGAAAGGCCCCCCCCCCGGUAG